AUGGAAAUAACUCUGGAACUCCUCAAUAAGAUACUUGAUGUAACUAGAAGAUAUAAGAAUAUUGAAUCUGAUCGUAAAGCAUACGCUGAGUAAACUCAAUCACAGAUUAAAAAGCAGAAAAAUUUGAUUGAAAGAUUGCAGAAAUAAAAUGUCCAACUUAAAAAAUAAGCCAUUACUAUAAAUUAGCAAGUUUAAAAGACAGCAAAUAAAACAUCAUAGCAAACUAAAAUGGAGUAAUAAGUGUCUUCAAUUCAGGAGGAAAUCGACACAGAAAGAUUGAAAUGUUCACAAAUGGAUCAGCAUAUCAAGACUCUUUAGAAAGAAAUUCUUUAACAAAAAAAGAGAAUGAAAGGAGUUAGCAGUCAUCAGCGUCAUUAACAGCUUCAAAAGCAGAUAUCUAUUCUUUAAAAUCGACUUGACAAGGCAAAUUAGAAGUUUAAUUAAGCUAUAGCCCAUAAUAAGCAUUUGAGAGGGGAAAUUGAUUCAUUGAGAAGAGAAAGAGUCAUCUUUGAUAAUAUUUAUAGAAAGCUUGAGAUGGAAUUGCAUAAGAAACGCAAAAACAUGGCUGAUAUCAUUGAAAUUGCCAAUACAGCGUAUGAAUAAAGAGACAAAGCACAGUAACAACUCGCAUCUCUUAUUUAGCAAGCGUAAAGAAAUUUAUAGAACUUUUAAAAAGACAUUAAGAAUGCCAACGCGAUUAGCUAGAAAAAUAAAGAUUUGGACAAUUAUUUGAAGCUUAAAGGGAAUUAAAAAUUCGAAUUAGAGCGUUUAGAGCUUGAAGCGAAGUCUGAAGAUUAAUUAAACAAUACUCGUCAACAACAAACCAGAGCAAAUUGGAUGGCUGCUAAGGAAAAGGCUUCAAAUAUUAUCUCAGCAGAGAAAGUUUAGAGUUAUCAAGAAGCUUUUGCUAAAAUACAGGCAGCAACUGGAAUUGCAGAUAUUGAUACACUUGUUAAGAACUUUAUCUAGGCUGAGUAAAGAAACUUUACACUGUUCAAAUAUGUCAACGAGCUAUCUAACAACAUCUAAACUUUAUAAGCGCAAAUCCACACCAUGAAAAAUGAACUUUCCCAACACCAAGGGGUCGGAUAGGAUGAAGAUGACCUCCGUAAACAGAAAAUUAUUAAAGAAUUAGAAGAAAAGCUAUCCAAAGCAUAAUCACGCGCUGAAUAGUAUGAAAUUGAAUACUAGACUUCAGUAAAGCAAGUAAAUUCGAUUAAAGCAAGUAUCUAAAGCAUUUACAAGACAUUAUAAUGUGACUAAAAUGCUCAUCAGGAGUUAAUUGGUAGUCAAGGAGUAACUGAAACUAAUAUGAUGAGUUAUUUAGGAAUUAUUGAAGAGAGAGUGAAUGAGUUAUUAGAAGUCUAUACAAGAAUAUAG